CCCUAUACUCAUCCCCUCCAAUUCAACACAUCUCGACACAUUCACCACUCAGACAUGAUUAUUGCCACAGUAUGACGCGGAGAAUGUGAACCUCCAAAGACCAAACGUGACCAUUGACACAAUAUCAGCCGUUGAACGAGCCUCCUCAGCUGUCAUCAUCGCUCCUCCGCACCCUGCUGGGAGUCGGUCACCCUGAUGACCCCAGCGCCUGACUGCGGCCAUGUUGAGCUCGUUUGUUCAGAAGUUCAUCGAUCAAUCCCCUCUUGCCAGCAACAACAAUGACAAUCGUCCCUCCAAAGCCUCCUACUUUCGAGACCAGUUCAGACUCCCCGCCGGUCAGAAUCCUCUCUAUGAAAUCAGCGCUGAACUCUACCUCCCCCUCCCAUCCUCUCCUUCAGGACACGCUCCUACCUCUGGCAACAAGUUAAAGGACAACGGAAUCCGUUAUGCCGGUGAACUGCAUCUGAGCGAGCACUUUCUAUGUUUCUCCACCAUCCGCGCCAGCUUCCUUCCCUUUGCCAGCCAUAGUGCCUCGACCUCCUUCACCGGCCCAACCCAAGGCGCCGGCCCCGGUGGCCAUGGCUUCACACUACCUCUAUGCUCCAUUCGACGAGUCGAACGGCUGAAUAGCCAUCAAGACAAAUUCUCCCUUGCCCUGACCACCCUCGAAUCGAUCCAAAAACCCACCUCGGAAAAGACAAAAGGCGCUAUCCCUCCUCGAAAACUGAUCAUCACCCUAGACGGCAGCCGCGCCACCUGUGAACACUUUUGUGAUGGCCUCAAGAAAGGAUUGAGGGAGGCCAUGAAAGAUGCCGAUGCCCUACGUGCUGUAGUGGCUCAGUGCUAUUCCGAGUAUCUGCUCGACCCCGCCAGAACAAAGGCCAAGGAAGACGGCACCCCGGGCCCAGAACCUCCGGAUACAGGCCUGGGAACGCUCUUCAGAUAUCCUGGAGAUGCCCGCAAGCUACGAGACAGGAGUAAAAUCAGACUCUGGGGUGAAUAUCUUCGAGAAAAUGGCCGUAAUGCCACAAUCGUCCGGCAGCCGACUUUCCACAAAUUGAUCAGAGUCGGCCUUCCAAAUCGUUUGCGAGGAGAGAUAUGGGAGAUCGCCUCAGGCUCUUUCUACACUCGUCUACGAAAUCCUCAUCUGUACAGCAAGACUCUGGAAAAGUUUACCGGCAAAGAAUCACUUGCCAUUGACGAAAUCGAAAAGGACUUGAACCGAAGUCUGCCUGAAUAUCCAGGAUUCCAGAGUGAAGAGGGCAUUGGUCGACUCCGUCGUGUCUUGACGGCGUACAGCUGGACCAAUGAAGAAGUCGGCUAUUGUCAGGCUAUGAAUAUUGUUGUCGCUGCUCUUCUCAUCUACAUGUCCGAAUCCCAAGCCUUUUUCAUCCUCGGCGCCUUGUGCGAUAGGCUACUCCCCGGAUACUAUUCCAAAGACAUGUAUGGAACCUUGUUGGAUCAACGUGUCUUUGAGAAUCUGGUCGAGAGAACCAUGCCGGUUCUGUGGGAACAUUUGGUCAAGUCCGAUGUCAAUCUCUCUGUCGUUUCGCUACCCUGGUUCCUGUCUCUGUACAUCAACUCUAUGCCACUGGUCUUUGCCUUUAGAGUCCUAGACGUUUUCUUUCUCGAAGGACCAAAAGUCCUUUUUCAAAUCGGGCUGGCCAUCCUGAGGAUCAAUGGCGAAGAGCUUCUUGAUGUCAGUGACGACGGCUCUUUCAUCUCCAUCCUCAAAAACUAUUUCUCCAGGCUGGACGAGUCGGCUCAUCCACACUCGGAGAAUGAAAAGCUACGGGCCAUUACCAGAUUCCAGGAAUUGAUGGUCACGGCAUUCAAGGAAUUCGCCGGCAUUACUCACGCCAGUGUGGAAGAAUUGAGGGCCAAGCAUAUUGAUAAUGUCAAAGAAGGCUUGGCUACAUUCGCCAAACGUACAUCGAUUCGCAAUUUGGGCCCAGAGAGCAAGAAGCUGAGCACCGAAGACCUCAGUGCCAUCUAUGAUCGCUUCUUUGCAGUCUUGUCGGAGAGACAAGAGAGAGCCAAACUCCGAGAAGAGGAGCGUAAGAAGCAGGAGCAACAACGCCUCCGACCUGGACUCUUCUCUCGAUAUUCAGAGCGUAAUCAUGACGAGCCUGGUCAAAACGCCCUUCCCCUUCAGACCAUGGAUUACGACGCAUUUAGAGAAUUCCUUGCAAACACAGCCAAAUGGGCGGUGGCUGACUCGCCAUCCUCCCCAGCCAAGGAAAUGACAAGCCCGAUGGGCAGUCAGAGGAAUCGAAGCAAGACUCUGACGCAAUGGGGCAAUGGCCCCCAGCCCGCCGAUCACGAUUUUAUGCAACGCUUGUACGGCAAGUGGGAUCAAACUCAUCACGGUGAGAUGACGCUCCAGCAUUUGGUGCGUGGGCUUGCCCAGUUUAAAGGCACCACAGAUAUCAUGAACUCGAUGAGUCUAUUUUUCGAUCUUUUCGACGAUGAAGGGUCUGGCAAAGUGGAUCGUGAGGGUAUUCUGCGCAUGUCCGAGUCAUUACUUUUCCUAUCGAGACGGGGGUUCGAUGGCGCAAUCACACCGUCAGAAUCAGCCGGCGUAACACCUGUUUUAUCUGGCGAUUCCAUCACCAAAGCCAGCACAACCGAGAAGUUCCUGGGUAGUGUCAGCGCUUUCAUCAGGAGGUGUUUUGAGUAUGCCGAUCCAGAUCAACCAGAUCAACCUGACACGGAUGUCAAGUCUGCCACAGAAAAACUCGAAUCGUCCACCAUCAGCAGCCCUGAACCCGAAGAUCUCUUGGAUCUUUCCGAAACCAAAUCACACACCAAAUCCAUAGCCUCACCAACGCUCACUUCUGAGGAUCCUCUUUCCCAAGCUUCACCGCCAGACACGCCUACACUGACAAUACCGAAGCAUGGAGCAAAGCGAAACAGUGAAGCUCGAGCGGCCUCUCAUAACCUCGCUCUCGACCCCAAUAAACCUCUUCAUAUCACUCUACCCACUUUCCGCAUGGUGAUCCUGGCAGAUGAACUACUCGAGCAAUUCUUCGAAACCUUUUUCCCCCAAUCAUUCCGACUCAGCGACAUCUCCAAUGCCAGCACCGUAUCUCUCCCAUCCGCAACCCUGUCAGGAAACCUCACCACGUUCAGCAACUUCGGCACACCAGUCAAGAACCUCAUCAACGGAUCUGCCACGAACAAGACGGUCAUCGACGUCGGAACGGCCGGAGGUGUGGUGGAACCCGGAUCACGCGGUCUUCGAGGCGUGCUUGACAACAUCGUCAACGACGGCAUGCGCAUGGCAGCCGAGAUGCGGAAACGCAUGGACGAAGCACAGAAAGAAUUUGAAAGACAGGCCCGCGAACAAGGCCAAGCUCGUCCACAGUACCGUGACGACGAGGACGAAGAUGACGACGAAGACGAUGAGAAAAGCAAGCGAGAUCAGGAAUUGCUUGAAGGCGCAGAGGUGGCUUCUAUCAAGACAUAUCGCAGCGAUGAAGCGGGGCAUCGAAGUCGUGCUCAAAGUGAAGUGGAGCGUGGGUCUGGUCGUUCGGUGACGGGGACGGGGACGGGGACGGGGUCGGGGUCGGGGAGUUUUUCGAGCACAAAGGGAAGUGAAUCGGGAAGUGUACAUGGUGUGAGUCUAUUGGAUUUGGACGAGAAUAAUAAUAGCAGAUGA